AUGCGAAUCUCCGUCUUCUCCGCUCUCUCGCUCGUCUCGGCUGCCCUUGCGCAAUGUGAGUACUCGCUAUCUGUCUCUUGUGUGCUCAUGGCGACGGUAUCGGGGGCGGCGCUGUUCAGUGAUGAUGCGCCGCCGGACGGACGGACGAAGAGCCCAUAGGCCUGUGGCGCACGCCGAAGCGCGCACGUCCACUUCACUUGACCCUGAACGACCACCAAGGUCAAAGGUGACGGUUGUGGGAUACACGCACACCCUUGCCACCAUGUCUGCCCCACCAAACUUGGCCGAGUCGUGGUGGCCGCGCUGAUUCCGAUCGCGCCAAUCAGCCCUGGCGCCUGCGGAUCACCCGGCGACGCCGCUCGGGGGUUGUUUGGAGCCCGAGGACGACAGCGAGGGCUCCCUCGUUCAACAAAAGCCAGUGCGCACUACACGCACCGACCACCGCUGGCCGUGAUCCAGCGAAUCUGUGGCACCAGAUUGUUACUCUUUGUUUCAGACAUCUGACUUACAUUGUCCCGUUCUUCCAUUCCCUCUCCUUCGGCUUCAUUUUUUGCUCCCUCUCGGAACCCGCUCUCGGCUUCCCUCGCGCGCCGUCACGCUUUCCCAUUCGUUCCUUUCCAAACACCAGCCUUGCUCAUCAACACCCCCACGUCAUUGAUCGAAUGCCAACCCUAUGCCGUCACCUGGUCCGGCGGAACGGCGCCUUACUACGUCUCCGUUCUCCCCGGUGGUCAGCUCAGCGCGACGUAAGUGGAAUUCUCGUAGCCCGUCGCCAGCGACAGCGGAGUCCGCACCGAUGCCGCUGGUUAUAUUUCGAUCGCCGAUCCGCUUCGCACGCACCUCCGACCCCCCAUUCCCUUGAUCUAACAAUGUAACAAUUUAUCGCGUCCACGUUCUACUUGCAGUGCCCUCACCACCCUUGGCGAACAGCCUACCACCUCCACCACCUACACCUGGGUGAGUCGAUCAAGUACCGUUGAUACCCUUGGUCCCCACGUGGCUCCUGGUUCGCGUGCUGGCACCGACGAUGCGAGUGAUGAUCCGCAUUGGCAUGGGACUGAUGGCCUGAUGCGUUUCUUUCUUCCAGACUGUCAACAUCGCCUCGGGCACAACGGUUACCUUGAAGGUACUCGACUCGGCUGGGUGAGUGGUGGGCUCCGCAACCCGCUUGGUUCACUGGGCCGCCCGCUGACACUGGAAACGGACCUCCCUGACGUCUGUGCAGUAACUCCGCCUACACCGCGCAGGUCACGAUCCAAGCCGGUUCCUCUAACACUUGCUUGACCGCUAGUAAGAUCCGACAAAGUAAAGGACGGGAGCUGUGCAAUCUCCGAUUUCUGACCACCUCCCUCCGGUGUCUUUCUCCUCCAGGCAUCACUGCUGGUGCCGCCCCCGCCUCCUCCUCGGGUGCCGCCGCCAGCAGCGCCGUUUCUAGCGGUGCUGCCGCCAGGUGAGUUUUAGCUGCCAUUGGGCGGGACUUGAUUGCGGCUCUCGGAUUGACGCUGGCCGCGCAUUUCUCGCGCAGCUCCGCCGCUGUCUCGUCCGCUGCUGCCUCGUCUGCCGCGCCUGCGACCUCUUCGGCCGCCGCCACCUCUGCGUAAGUGCUUGGCUCUUCCAUCUAUGAAUUAUCCGUUUGAUCACUGCAUUCUAAAUCAAGCUCUGAAAAAUACAGCGCCCCGGCCGCGACGACCACCCCUGAGGCCACCACCACCGCUGCCGCUACCACCGCUUCGGCUGCCGCGUAAGCUCCCCUUCAUUCCUUUGUGGAAUUCGGUAAUCUUGAUCUGAUGCUGACGUACUUUCUCUCUCUUCUCUCGGCCUCGGUUCUGACCCCCAACAGUGCCGCUACUUCGAGCCGCGCUGCCUCCGGUGCCUCGCUCGUCGGCUUCUCCUCGACCCUCCUCGGUGUGGUCGGUGCCGCUUUCCUCGCCAUCGGCGCCUAA